AUGUCUAACAAACUCCCUGAGGAAAAUGUUCUCGGAGAUGACAGCAAUUUAAAUAAUAGUAAUAUUAGAAACAGAGGGAAUUAUGAAUAUAAUGGCCAACAGCAGGAAGAGGGAGAAGGAGCAGACGGAUACGACUCGGAUGCUAAUUCCUCAGCUGAUGAGAGUUUUGAAAAGCCAAAGGAAAAAUCAAGAAAGCCAUCAGAUAAUGCGUUUAGACAACAAUCAUUAAAAGCUUAUAACCCUGUUUUUACCGCGAAGACCGUUAUCCCUAUUUUCGUGGUCAUUGCGGUGAUAUUUGCUCCUUUGGGUGCUGCGAUGUGGUAUGCUAGUCACAGAAUCAAGGAUUUGGCUAUUGAUUAUAGUCAGUGUGAAAAUUUGGCCAAUACUGAUUACUUUCAAGCGAUUCCACAAGAAUACUUAGAUUUCAACUUCCCCACCCAGAAUUCAAGUUAUACCCCAGUAGCUUCAUGGAAAUUGAGCGAAGAUGACUCUCAACCAUUCGAUGAUGAACGUAAUGUUUGUAUUAUUCAAUUUGAAAUUCCCGACGACAUGAAGGGGCCAAUUUACUUCUUUUACAGAUUGAAGAACUUUUAUGCAAAUCAUAGAAGAUACGCCAAGUCUUUUAGUGAAGACCAAAUCGAAGGUAAGAGGGCGUCUAUAUCAGAUAUCAAAGAUACCGUAGGACAAAACUGUCAACCCUUGCUGACAGACCCUGCCACCGGGAAGGCUUACUAUCCAUGUGGGUUAAUUGCCAAUAGUCUUUUCAAUGAUACGUACACUACUACUUUAACACUGGUAAAUAGUUCAAGUAGUGGUGAUUAUGAAAUGACCACCAAGGGAAUUGCUUGGAAAUCUGACAAGAAUAGAUUUAAGAAGACAAAAUAUAACUAUACUGAAAUUGUCCCACCUCCAUAUUGGUACAAGAUGUACCCUGAUGGAUACAACUCUUCGAAUGUUCCAGAUAUCCUGACAUGGUAUGAAUUCCAAAACUGGAUGCAUACAUCGGGAUUACCAACAUUUAACAAAUUGGCACAAAGAAAUGAUGAUGAUACAUUAGCUGCAGGUACAUAUCAAGUCUCCAUAGGAUUGCAUUUCCCAGUGUUGCCUUACAAUGGACAUAAGUAUAUUUACAUUUCACAGAGAUCUGUGAUUGGUGGUAAGAAUAUGUUCUUAGGUAUCAGUUGGAUGGCCGGAGGUGGGCUCUGCUUGCUUGUAGCAAUAUCCUUAUUGAUAGUGAAUUUGAUUAAGCCAAGAAAGACUGGGGAUGUGAAUUUAUUAAGUUGGAACAAAGAGCUGUUCAAGCAAGACGAUAGAGUAUCUGAGGAUGUUGUUGAGGUUGAAGAACAACCUGCCAAUAUCCCUAUUUGA